AUCAAGUCCAAUAGUUGCUAAUGGCGGGUACUCGGCAUGUAUUUAGCUAGGUUUGCGCGUGUUGUGUUUUUGAGUUUCAGAAUCAAGUUCAGUAGUUCUAUCUUCGGUACAGAGAGCCACACUUCCGCCAGUGUUGCGCGGAAUAGUAAUGUUUUAGUGAGACGGAAGAAGUUGUGGUCCCAAGUUACGGUCUCUACCCUUUAGUUGCCCUAUCAACAAAUGUUCAUUAUUUCAUUUAGCGGAAAUGCUUACACUCAAAGAGUUCGCGUUAGUGUGUCUGUCAUUAAUAUGCCCGUUGCAGACCACUUGGGCUUCCAGGCUAAAUAUGCCCAAAGUGUUGCUGCCGCUGGCCAGGGGUACAAGAAUUAACUUCACACUGGAAACCACCGACGGUUGCUACAAAUGGACUUCAACACGACCAGAAGUAGCAAGCGUCCAGCCUUUGGAUGAAGAGAUUGGGCAGGGAUGCUCCAGGAGAGCGCUUCUCCAGGCUCUCUCCACCCAGCCCUCCAGAUUGACCAGCAUCAUUCUGGCUGAAGAUGUUGUGACAGGACAGGUUCUGCGCUGUGAUGCAAUCGUUGACGUCAUCAGUGACAUCCAGAUUGUGUCGACCACCAGGGAGCUCCACCUGGAGGAUUCACCGCUUGCACUUGAAAUUCAUGCACUGGACUCUGAAGGAAACACCUUCAGCACUCUUGCAGGUCUGAUGUUUGACUGGACUUUAGUAAAAGAUGUGGAUGUAAAUGGAUUCUCUGAUUCUUCUAACUCUUUACGGGUUCUGAAGUUUUCUGAGUCGACAUACACACCUCCUGGAUACAUAUCUGAAAUGGAGCGUGUUGGCAAACAGGGCAAUAUCAUUUUGGUGUCGGGCCUGAAAACAGGACAUGCUAAAGUCAAGGCCAAAAUACAAGAACCACUAUAUCAGGAUGUGCAUGCAGCUGAGGUGAAACUACUAAUUUUAGAGAAUAUCUUGCUGAGCCCUGCAUAUGAUGUCUACCUCCUGGCCGGAACCUCAAUCCGAUACCAAGUCCUGAAGAUAAGACAGGGCUCAAUAACAGAGCUCUCAAUGCCUUGUGAUCAGUAUGAGCUGCAUCUUCAAAACAGUGUGGUUGACCCGAGCAGAAACCCAGACAUUGCCGUUGCCCGUCUGGAUCAAAGAACCUCUACAGUUACAGCUCUUCAACUGGGACACAUCAAUGUGGUGCUCGACCAUAAAAGUCUUCGAAUGCAAGGGGUUUUUCGCCUUCCCAACAGCACUCUGUUUGUGGUUGACCCUGGUUACCUCGGUUUUAAAAUUCAUCCAGGAGAUAGUUGGGUUUUGGAAACAGGCCGAGAGUAUGACAUCCUGAUUGAAGUAUUUGAUAAAUCUGGAAACAAAAUGUACCUCUCUCAUAAUAUCCGUAUUGACUCGGUUUUCCCUCUGGAACACUUUGAAAUCCUGCACUCUUCCCUCAAUGGUUCAUUUCAUCAUGUCAGAGCUCUAAAAGAAGGCCUUACCCUUUUUGAUGCUACCUUAAGAGCUGUGGUGGAUGAAAGAGGUGGGGUCUACCCGCUUGUCACCCCAAUCCACAAUGAACAGGAUGUGGAAAUUUAUAAACCCAUAGUUCUUAGUCCCAGUAUUCUCACAUUCCCAUGGCAACCCAAGGUCGGCGCUUAUCAGUACACAAUUAAGGCAACAGGCGGCAGUGGAAAUUUCAGCUGGUCUUCCUCCAACACAGCUGUGGCCACAGUGACUGUCAAGGGUGUGAUGACGACAGUCAGUGACGUCGGCGUUAGUGUUGUUUUUGCUCAUGAUCUGCGCAACCCACUCCACUUUGGACAGAUGAAGGUAUAUGUUGUUGAACCGGUCGCAAUGGACUUCGCUCCCUGCCAAGUGGAAGCCCGGGUGGGCCUGACUCUGGAUCUACCCCUCAGGAUAUUUGGCCUCCUGGAGGAAGAGGGGAUGGAGCGCGUCAUGUUGAGUGACUGUUCCCACUUUGACCUGCAGGUUGAUGAGGAGAGUCCAGGCAUCUUUCAGCAACUGGAAGGUCGAAUGGCUCCAGGCCUGGGGCACUGCAGUGGGGUGAGAGCCAAAGCCCUUGCCCCCGGCUACACCACACUCUUGGUCAGCUACAUCCAUGGCAACGUUCACCUCAAUGCCAAGAUCACUAUUGCAGCCUAUGUUCCCCUCACUGCGAUUGACCCUGUAUCUGUGGCUGUAGUGAGUCUUGGUUCCUCCAAAGACAUGCUGUUUGAGGGUGGCCCUCGGCCAUGGGUUCUGGAGCCCUCAAAAUUCUUCUGCAUGUUGAAAGCAGAGGAUGAAGAAAGUGUGAGCCUUACUCUGACUAGCCCAUCAUCCCAUAAUUACAACCAGCACUGGGUCAGAACAACAUGCAGGGUCCUGGGAGAGCAGCUGCUGGACGUGAGGGUGGGGAACAAAGCCAGUGUGACCAACCCUUUUCCCGCUGUAGAGCUGACAUCUGUAAAGUUUGUUUGCGCUCCCCCGUCCCGCCUCAAUCUGGUCCCAGUGUACGCCGUUCCACCGCUGGACCUGCCAUGCCCCCUGCUGCAGCAGAACAAACAAGUGGUACCCGUUUCAAAUCACCGGAACUCUGUUUUGGACCUUGCAGCUUUUGAUCAACAAGGACGGAAGUUUGACAACUUUAGCUCACUGAACUUGGUGUGGGAAUCAACUAAAGUGUCCCUGGCCAGUAUUGAGCCCAUUUUCCCCAUGAGUCUUCAACUUUUUGAGGAUGAAAACAAACAAAAGAAACUGCAUGGACGUCAGACUGUUGUUGUGCAUCAUCAGUCAGGGAUUGCUGCCGUCACAGUGACAGCGCUGGAUUACCAGCUUUCACAUAUCAAAGCAGCAAAGGUUCACAGUCGACAAGACCCUUUGACGCCCGUCUCAGCAACAUUGGAGCUCAUGUUAGUAGAAGAUGUGAAUGUUUUCCCGGACACCUUGAUCAUAUACAACCACCCAGAUGUGCGGGCUAACUUGGCCUUGCAAGAGGGGUCAGGCCACUUUUUUCUGAAUACCAGUGUUAAAGGCAUUGCAGAUGUGGUAUUUCACAAGGCCCAAAGAACAGCUCAGAUUGCUCCAAUUCACCCGGGGGUGGUGCAAGUGAUGGUUCAUGACCUCUGUUUGGCAUUCCCAGCACCAGUCAAAGCCACAGUGCAUGUUUCUGACAUCCUAGAAGUGAAUGUGAGAGUGGUCGACAAGGUGGAGAUCGGUAAAUCGGUACGAUGUUACGUCAGAGUGUUGGAUGAUAACAAGAGGCCUUUCCCAGCCAGCUAUUUCCAAUUCAUGAAUUUGAAAGUCAACGCAGCCUCUUCAAUAGUUUCAUUAAUACCAGUGGCAGAGUCCACAGAACACGACACUGCUGUUUUCCUCGUGAAAGGUGUUUCUAUUGGCCAGACCAGUUUGUCUGCUGUCAUAGUGGAUACAACUGAGAGAAAGAUUUCAUCUGCUCCUCAACAAAUUGAGGUAUUUCCACCAUUCAAGCUCAUUCCCAGGAAAAUGACUCUACUGAUUGGAGCAAUGAUGCAGAUUACAUCUGAGGGUGGCCCUCAGCCUCAGUCCAAUAUUCUGUUUUCCAUCUCCAAUGAGGAUAUUGCCUCUGUAAACGGCAUCGGUCAUGUCAGGGGUGUGACCAUUGGUAACGUCACUGUGACCGGAAUGGUUCAAGCUGUUGACGCUGAAACGGGAAAGCUGGUUGUUGUGUCUAAGGAUCAAGUAGACGUUGAGGUUGUGCGUUUGACGGCCAUUCGAAUCAGAGCUCCCAUCACGCGACUAAAGACCGGAGCGCAGAUGCCUGUAUAUGUGAUGGGUUUAACCAAUAGUCAAACACCUUUUACUUUCGGUAAUGCUGUGCCUGGCCUCACCUUCCACUGGUCCACCAGCAAGCGGGAUAUCCUAGAUGUCCAGCCAAGACACACUGAGGCUAAUGUGGAGCUCAGCCCCGAGCACAACUUUGGCAUGGGUGUGACUGGACAAACAACAGGCCGGACAGGGCUCAAGGUGGUCCUCAAAGUUGUGGACCCGGUAGUUGGUCAACUUGCUGGUAAUCUUCCAGAGCUCAAAGAUGAGAUUCAAAUCCAGGUCUAUGACAAGCUGCACAUGGUUAAUCCCAAAAUCGAGGCCGGAGAGAUACUGAUUGCUCCAAACUCGGUUCUAAAACUCCAAACUAACAGGGAUGGAAUGGGUGCACUGUCUUACCGGAUGCUGGAUUGCACUGACCACCAGCUUGUUAUCGCGCAAGUUGACAAUAAGGGCUUCCUCUUCUCUGGCUCGCUCACUGGCAUAUCUUCACUGCUGGUCACCUCACAAGAGUCCUUUGGUGUCAAUCAAACUCUCACCAUUGCAGUAAAGGUGGUGCCUGUGUCCUACGUGCGUUUUAGCACCAGUCCAGUGUUGCACACAUUCACUAGAGACAGCCUGAAAGCCCUCCCCUUGGGAAUAGUCCUUACCUUCAUUGUUCAUUUUCAUGCCAGCACUGGAGAGGCCCUGCACAGCUCCAAUAGCCAUCUCACCUUCUCCACUAACAGGGAUGAUCUGGUGCAGAUGUGGUCUGGGCCUGGUAACCACACCUUGACUGUCAGGACGGUCAACGUGGGCCUCACACUGCUGGCAGUGUUUGACAGCGAAAACACUGCGGUGGCAGACUAUAUUCCGCUUCUUGUGGAGCAUGCCAUCGAUCCGCCAGAGGCCCAGAAACUUGUAGUGGGAGAUGUAAUUUGCUUCACUGCGCACCUGGCCAGUCAAGAUGGUGGCCACGGCACUUGGAGCUCCUCAGCCAAUGGUGUGCUCCAGGUGGACCCCAAAACUGGUGCAGCUGUAGCCAGAGACUAUGGGACAGCUACUGUGUACUAUGAGAUAUCUGGUGUUUUAAAAACAUACAGAGAGGUUGUGGUGGAGGCAGCCACAAAGACUGCAGCAAUGGCACAGGCUUCACCUGUCAGAAAUGGCAAGGAAACUAAAGUCCUGCUCACCACCAGAGUUCAAGGAAACAACCUCAUUGGAACCUGUUCCUCUAUCCAGACAGAGGCCAUUGCACAACUGCAGCCAGAAACUUCUGUCACCUGCCACCUCAGUUUUACAAGCGAUGCUGUUGAUUUCCCUGCAAGCAGCGUCUUUAAAUCAUACACAAGCUUUGACCCCAACAUUGGCUUCUACACGUGUUCCAUGACCUUGCAGCCAAUGGCGGACCAGCUGACCAGAGUUCUCAGCAUGUCCAUGACCAACCUGCUGGUGAAGGCUGGCCUGGAGGGCAGUGCCUUCUCUGGGGAACAGGCCAGCGCCAGACUGCCCAUAGAGCCUGGCCUCUACUCGGACCUGACUGAGCUGCUGCUCUCAAACCUGCACUCAUCAGCGGAGCUCACAGUUUUCGGUCCAGCUGCUGCGCUAGCAGACAUGGAGGUGGUGUCCAGUUCUCCCAUUAUUGGUAUUGAAGAAAGUGAGGUGCACAGCGGCUUCACUAGUUUCUCAAAGUACACCGUCAGUGCUGUGAACCUCCAAGCAGCUGGCUCUGCCUCCAUUACUAUCAGUAGUGCCUCCUUGGGUCAGAGUCUCAUCAUCCCGGUCACUUUGAUACAUGUGACUGAUCCCAGUGUUAACGUGCAAGCAGCUGCUGCAACACUUGUUAACAUGGAGGGGGGCCUCCCACUACCCGACUUUAAAAACUGUUACCAGAUGAUGCUGUUCACCCUGUUCGCCCUGCUUGCCGGUACAGCGAUCGUCAUCAUCGUUCUCCACACAGUGUUCUCUCCCAAGCAACAAACAUACCCCCCUUCUUUCAUCCAGAGGACGCCGCCUCCUAUCACUGCCCUAGACUCUCCAGUAAAGAACUCCUUCAACCACUCCAUACCUUCGGGGGAUUCAAACAGCAGCCCCCGAUUACGUCUCUAUUCUCUGGACUACAUGUCCUGACGAAGCCCUCAUUAGGGUCCCUCCUCUCCCACACCAUCACUGAAUGUGCCUCAUCCCCCUCGGGAUGAACGCUGUGGGCUGCGAGUGCAAAAUCACUGCAUUUACAUUUUUGGUACAAGACUGUUUUUUUUGUUGUUGUUUUUUUUUUUUUUUAAACAAAUAUUUUUUGUCCUUUCCUGUCGUGUUGUUGUACAAGACCACUCCAUUGUUAAGUGAACAUGUUUUGUUGCCUGCCUUACAUAACCAUGUUGAUUGUUUGUGAAGCUUUUAUUUCAUAUCACUGUCCAUGUACACUCAGCUGGAACCACAUUUUGUGAACAUAAUUACGAGAGAAACUAUUCUUUUGUUGUAGCUUAAACACAUACUGUAAAACUGUCCACUGAAUACAGUCCCACGUGACGCAUCCUCCAAAUGUGCAUUAUUGGUUAUUUUUAAAUGUAGGAGUUGCCUUUUUAAAGGUUUGAGCCACGUUGCCUGCAGCUUCUGUUUAAUUCAAUAAUGUGAAAUGGUAAAAGAUGUGAAGUGUUUUUCAGUGCAAACGCAUCGAAUGCGACAGCCUUUUUUGUUUGUUUUUUUGGUCUGUGCGAAAAAUGUUAAGUGAAUUAUCUUGAAUUUCUGUUUUUCUGUAAGAGGAAUACUGUAUGCAUCAUUAUUAUGGCUAAACAGCUUCAAACAGUGCUUUUUUCUGGCUUUUGUUGUGUGCUUUUGUAAAUAUGCUCCUGCCUUGGCAAAUAAACGUCAUUAAUUUAAAUUC